AGUUACGCAAUGAUUCUGAGGCCAAGUACAUCGGCCAGCCACAUCGAAAGCUACGUGGACAUUUUUACGCUGCCUCUGAUUCAUUUCCGGCAAACAUAAAUACUGUGUGAGUGGGGAAACAGAUUAGAUAUUUCACGAAAGUGACUGCGCGAAUCGGACGUAUUUUACAGCAGUAGUGAAAGCGGAACGUCUGCAACUAGGUUCAUGUCUGAUGACAAAACAUCUCCCUUCGAGGGACCGCAAGUGACAGAGAGCUUGCAGAACGUUUUGGAGUGCCCAGUUUGCCUGGAGUACAUGGUACCUCCCAUAACGAUGUGUGCAAGCGGGCAUAGUGUGUGUCAAGCUUGCAAGCCGCGACUUCACGGUUGUCCUACCUGUCGAAGGCCUCUGCUUGGGAUCCGCAAUUUCGCCCUCGAGAGCCUGGCUAGUUCCCUGGAACUGCCAUUAUGUAUUGCAGGGACUCACCCUCUGCCACAGCCAACAGAGCCAGAAUAUGGCUGCCCGUUGGAAUGUCAGUGGACGGGACUUCGGGGAGAAAUCUGGAGGCACGUGUCACAGACACAUCGUGAAAAGAUUCUGGAAGGAAGAGGAAAUAAUUGCCGUUGGGAACUUCCCCUCGUUGUUAAAGACACCAGGGCAAUUUUCGCUUUCGGAGAAGUGUUCCUUUACCGACAGAGACUUCAUACCAUCAAAAAACUGUUCUACGUCGUGGUACAGUACAUUGGACCCAUAGAAGACGCUUCCAAGUACAAGUAUGAAGUCGAGUUUUGUUCUAGCAGCGGCGAUCAGAAAGUGAGAGUGAUGGGGAACAUCACUUUAGGCUUGUAUGAAGAUAUUAACGCCGUCUACGAGUCAGGAAAUUGUGUCACCUUGGAUUAUGACGUAGUCAAGAACAUGGCGGAAGGCAGUCAGCUGACACGAAUCGAAAUGAACGAAUUGACUCUGGCAACUGAUAAAUUCUCAACCUCGACUAUGAGUGGAAUUCAAUGA